GAAGGAAGGAAGGAAAAGAGGAAGAUAUUUCAUAUUUCCAAAGUUAAAAAGUUAAAACGAAGGAAAAGAUCAACGGUGGGAUCAGCCUCCACCUCACCGCUCCAUAGCCUUCAUAACAUUCUCUCGUCCACAGGCCUGUUUCGAAGAAGAGGAAUCCCAGAAGCCGAGAGGUCGGUGGCUAUGGAUCCAAAUGGAGAGAUAGUGGAGGAGGCGGAGGAGGACAACGGGUUUAGGCGAUUCGACGUCGUUUCGGACGACUCCGACCACCACUACGUCAAACUCAACCGGACUGCGAACAGCGACGCCGACUGCUUCAGUAACGCAGCGAGUGGCGUUUACUCUAAGAUCAUGCAGGAGUGGAAGAUUCUCGAGAAGAAUCUUCCCGAUUCGAUUUUCGUGCGGGUCUAUGAACGGAGGAUCGACCUUCUCCGGGCGGUGAUCGUCGGCGCCGUGGGGACGCCGUAUCACGAUGGUCUCUUCGCCUUCGAUCUCGCUUUUCCGCCUGAUUACCCCGCGCAUCCUCCGCAAGUCCAUUACCGCUCAUUCGGGCUUCGAUUGAACCCCAAUCUGUAUGCAAAUGGGCGGGUUUGUUUGAGUCUGCUGAACACAUGGGUGGGGAGGAAGAAGGAGAAGUGGGAUCCUUCCCAGUCCACGGUUCUUCAGGUCUUGGUUUCGCUCCAAGGCCUCGUUCUCAACGAGAAGCCCUACUUCAACGAACCGGGUCACGGGGUUCUACCCGGUCGGAGUCUGUGGGAAAAGAAUUCCAUGGCUUACAGUGAAACUGUGUUUGCCUUGUCUUGCAAGACGAUGCUUUUCAUGCUCCGAAAACCCCCCAAAAACUUCGAAGCUUUGAUCGCAGCGCAUUUUCGCGACCGCGCGCUCUUUAUAUUGGAAGCUUGCAACGCCUAUACCGAUGGGCGCGUCAAAGUUGGGUACUACAGAGGCGAUGGCUCUUCUUCUUCUUCUUCUUCUUCUUCUUCGUCGACCGUCCACGUCUCGCAUACUUUUAAGACUUCGAUGCAAAAGGUGUUUCCUGAUCUCGUUCACACAUUUACUAGAAACGGGGCCUCUCUGGGGAAUUUCGUCGAACAGGUAAAGCAGGAUAGAAAAAAGGCGUCAUCACAAACUCAAGCCGCUGUUCACAAGAAACAGGGUAUUGCAAUUAAGUUUAUAAGCAAAUUGAAGAUGAUUUUGGGGUUGAAGAAGAGUAGGAAGAGCAAUGGUGUCGUGGGAUCAACCGCAAAUAAUAGAACAGAAAUAGAGGGGUAGAAUUGGGUUUUCCUUGAAGAUAUGGUACAGGUUUAGGUAUUUUCCUUUCGCUUUCUUUUGGGUUUUAAAUUUUUAAUGUUAAAAUAUAACAUCGGCGGCAUACAUAAUACAUUCGCAGAGGGAUGUGUUUCUUCCUUAAA